CAUUCUGCACUGGCUGGAAGUCUUUGUCCAUCUGUGCCACACAAAGACUCAGGGUGACCAAGGAGGGACCUUGAGACAGCAAUGGACAAACCCAUUCGUCCUCAUGUCCCCUGCAAUGGCUGAGUGUCCUCCCCCAGUGCACUGAAGACAAACUCUGCAGGACCAUACACUACACACAGUUCCUCUGCCAAGAUCACCACACCAAAAAGUGAAUGUCCUGCCUGCGGCGCCAACCUGUGACCAUCCCUAUGGACACCGUCAAGAUCAUCCAGUCGGAGAAGUUCUCCCGGGAGUGUCCGGUCCCUGUGACCCAGCCUCGCUACGCCCCACCUCCCCGUGUGGCCUGGGACGGCGGAGGCGAGGGAGAGGUUAUCGUCAACCAGGCCUGUGGAGACCUCACCGUGGAGGUCAACGGCAACACCAUGGUCGCACCCAGACCUCUAGCCUCUCCGACUGCCCCCGUCCUCCGCCGUGAAGCCAGUUUUCUAGCACAGCGCAAGGCCAGCGUGUCUGACAUCUGUUACCACCAGUUCCACUACAAGAUGGAUGAUGUAAUCGUCAACCAGUACGUGCUCCGCUCUUCCUCCACCUCUUCCUCCUCGUCCUCCACCUCCUCAGGCCCAGUUAUGCCAUGUGAACCGCUGGACUGCCCCACCUGCGGACACACCUACAACUUUGCUGGGAAGCGGCCUCGCAUUCUUUCCUGUUUGCACUCGGUAUGUGAGGAGUGCCUGCAGAUCUUGUAUGAAUCCUGUCCCAAGUACAAGUUCAUCUCGUGUCCCACCUGCCGUCGCGAGACCGUGCUCUUCACCGACUACGGGUUGGCCGCGCUGGCCAUCAACACCAGCAUUCUCAGCCGACUGCCACCCGACCCGGCGGGGACUGUGCAGUGGGGCAGCGACGGUGAUCGCAGCUGCUAUCAGACGGUGCGCCAAUACUGUCAAUCAGCUUGCACCUGCCACAUUGCCAAUCCCCUCUCCUCUUGUGGCAUCAUGUAGACCUGAUUGAUCGAGUGAUCGGCACAAUUCAUUUCAAAAUGCUAUCCAGCCGCACCCACCUUCUGAAAGAGUCACACACAUUCAACCCCUCUGUACAGUCAUAGCUGUAUCUGUAUAUUUAAUAGCACAGGAUGCUGUGUGGACUUGAAGUGAAAAGGACACUUGUGUGCAAUGACAGAGAUAAUGAAAUAUCAGAGUAAAUGUAUUUUAUGUAUGAACCGAUUACCCUCUAUCCCUCAAUCUCUUGUUUGGAUGUGUUCGUCAUUGACAUCUCUUUACAUGGGAAUGCUAAGGGAAGUCUAUCUCCCCCAUCCUGGGUAUAAUAAAGACUAAUAAAGA